AUGAGACUCCUCUCCUGUCGUUCUCCUGGCCUGCGGCCGUUCCUUCUGUCAUGCGUCGUCGUGCUCACAUUUGCUUCCAAAAUCUUACAUAUUCUUCAGCAUCUUCGCAGCGUUCCCAGUUGGUCGUUUUUCUUAUAUCUACCCACUUUUUUUGUAUCGGAUUUCCUUGUUUCUAUCUUUGCAUGGCUGGCGUUGUCAAAACUUUCGGGUUCAUGGGGUGUUGCUGGGUCGGUCGUUGUUGCAUUCUUAGGUGUCAUUGACCUCGGCGCCGUUUCGUCACAAUUUGGUUUUUUCUAUGUCACUGGUGCCGAGGUACGAUGGAGUGCCGCAUCAAGCCUGGCCACUGACACUGCAGGACUCAAACUGCUACUGAGCGGUUUGAUGCCUGUUUUUGCCUUUGGCACUCUUCUACUUGCUCUCUGCUGGACAUUGGCACCUCUGAUCACUCUGAUCUUCGAUUCAUGGCUCUUGGCUAUCGGCGAUGGCUUUAUCGGAUUGUCAUAUCGCUCGCGCAAAUACCUUCCUCUCGCCAACGAACCCAAACAGCCACCACAGCGGAGAUGUACAGCGCUAUUUCUUACCGUGGUUGGUUUCAUCGCUAUUCUCUGCCUCGACAUAUCUCGUCCACAUGUGCCAUACGACCAUAUGUCUGGGACAGUUCCGUUCACAGUCGCAGAAGCCUUGCAGAAUAAGAACCGAACUUGUCUCUCGACAAAGCAACAACCGUUUCCACUAUCCGAUUUGGUUGCGCCCAACUUAUGGGAGCCUAAGGAUGGUCGAUACAAGGGUUGGAAACCGGGUUAUCAAUCUUUUGUAGCUGAUGUUGCAACGACACCAUCAUGGGCUCCUGAAACCUGGCCCGUAGGAUUUGGACGAUGGGCAGAUUCAACAAACAAUACUCUCUUAUCUGUGACUGAUGUCGAAUGUCCCGGCGGUAACUCUUUACACCACACGUACGACCCUGUCGUGGAUCCUAUGCGCAUCACCAACCUAGAUCUUGAGGUGCUGGCUCCUGUUCAGAAAGCAUUGAAAGACCACGCAGUGCCAAUCAAACAUGUAUUUUUGAUCGAGAUGGAAAGUGCACGAAAGGAUAUCUUCCCGUUGAAAUCGGAUUCACAUCUUUACCGGCAGAUUAUUGCAGCCCAUGCAUCGGCGAGUGAGGAAGAUCUUCAGGAACUCAAGUCAAGAUUGGCUGCCAUGACCCCGGUUGCUGAGCAAAUCACUGGCGAAUCUGGAAAUUUUGACCUGGAGUCUGUCGAAUUGCGAAACAACCUCACCGCUGAGUCGUGGAAGGAUCCGUCGGCGCCAGGAAUGGGCGGUAUCAACGUACUCGGCACGGUCACUGGAAGCAGUCUUUCUUUCAAGAGCGUUGUAGGCAGCCACUGUGGCGUGGGACCUAUUCCGGUCGAUUUUAUGUUUGAAACCGAUGCCGAGAUCUAUCAGCCUUGCAUCAUGCAUAUCCUGAAGCUAUUCAAUGAACUCAAAAAGGAAGGUCAAGAAGCGUCAACGGAUAUGCGCAAGCAAAAAUGGCGAUCUGUCUUCAUGCAGUCAAUCACUGGCGAGUUUGAUAACCAGAGAAAGUUGAACGAACAAAUGGGAUUUGACCAAUCGAUUUUCAAAGAGAACAUUAACUCCAGGUCCGCAAAGCACUGGCAUGAAGGCAUGAAGGAGAUCAACUACUUUGGAUACGAGGAACCAGAAAUCUAUCCCUACCUCAAAGAUACCAUCGAAGAGGCCAAGGCAAAUGGAGAAAGGUUGUUUUUGUCGCACUUCACGAGUACUACACAUCAUCCCUGGGGACUGCCGUCAGAAAUUCAAGUCGAGGAUUACUGGCCUCACAACCGCUUUUCGUCGGAGCACCAGCCUAGCAACAAGUACCUCAAUACUGUCCAUUAUGUCGACAAAUGGCUUGGCAAUGUUAUGCAAAUCAUUGAAGAAGCUGGAAUUGCCAAUGAGACAUUGGUUGUUUUUGUCGGUGAUCAUGGACAAGCCUUUGCCGAAGAUUCUCAUAUCAUUGGAACCUUUGAGAAUGGGCAUAUUAGUAACUUUCGAGUUCCUCUGGUUUUCCGCCACCCACUACUCCCCCGUCUUGAGGUGCAUGCCAAUGCUUCCUCCAUGUCUAUUUUGCCUACAAUCCUUGAUCUCUUGAUCAACACAAAUUCACUGGAUGAUGUUGACAAGAAUGCUGCGUCCGACUUGAUUCAUGAAUACGAAGGUCAAUCGUUAUUGCGGCCGUACAAGGAAAGUCACAACGGUCGGCAAGCGUGGAACAUGGGCAUCAUCAACACUGGCGGUACCAUGUUGAGCGUGGCGUCAGCAGCAGCUCCUUAUAGACUUAUUCUUCCUCUGACCCGUGAAUUUACUUUUAUUUUCUCGGAUCUGUCCCAAGACCCGAAUGAGACGGAUGUCGUAGAGGACUGGGACUUUCAUUCCUUGCUUCAUACCGUCAAGAGAAAGUAUGGCAAUGAUGCAGCUCACUGGCUCAGCGAAGCAGAAAAAGUAGGAAGAUGGUGGGUAGAUGAGAAAAAGCGGCUUUGGAAUUACCAUGAUUGA